GUGAAAAGAGGGACUUGAAUAGCAGGAAAGACUAACUUGAGAACAGCCCUCAGACUUUGCCAUGACUCUCACUGAGAUUAUCUUUAUCUUGACCGGGACUUGCGCUGUCCUGUUUUUUGGAGGGAAACUAGUAUGUCUUUUUAUGACACUCACACCGAAGCUCUGCUAUCCUCUUCCCAACUCUUUUUUCACCUCUCUGGGGAAAUGGGCAGUCGUCACUGGAGGUUCAGAUGGAAUAGGCAGAGCAUACGCACAAGAGUUUUCAAAACAUGGCAUGAAUGUGGUCAUAAUCAGCAGAAAUCAAGAGAAGCUUGACAGAGCAGCCAGGAAGAUUGAGCUCAAUACAGGAGGGGAAGUCAAAGUUAUAGCUGCUGACUUCACCAAAGAUGAUUUAUAUGGAAACAUUAAGAAAAACAUUGAGGGUUUGGAUAUUGGUAUUUUAGUGAACAAUGUUGGGAUUCUGCCCAAUCAAAUACCCUGCAAGCUGCUUGAAACAGCCGAUUUGGAAGAGAGAAUACAUGCUGUUAUCAACUGCAAUGUCAAAGCCAUGGUUAAGAUGUGCAGAAUUGUGCUUCCAGGAAUGCAGGAAAGAAGAAGGGGAGUCAUUCUGAAUGUGUCCUCUGGUAUAGCCAAAAUACCUUGUCCCAUUUAUACCUUGUAUGCAGCAUCAAAGGUUUUUGUCGAAAGAUUUUCAGAGGGUCUUCAAGCUGAAUAUAAAUCCAAGGGAAUAAUCAUUCAGGUACAGUGCCAUACUGUAAUGUUUAUUAAUGCUUGUUGUUUUGUUCUUCACAAGACACAAACUAACCACACACAACUUUUCAAUCAUGAGAUGGUUUUUCAUGCAGCGAAUUCAAUGGACAUAGUAAAAUAUCAAUGUCCUCAGUCAGGAUUACUUUUUUCUCAGACAGUGGCUCCAUUUGGGGUUUCGACAUCAAUGACAGGAUACCAGAAGCCAGACAUGGUCACAUUCACAACUGAGGAGUUUGUGAGGAGCUCACUAAUGUAUCUGAAGGCUGGUGAUCAAACAUAUGGCAGCGCCACUCAUACCAUACUGGGUUGGAUUGUGCAGGGCAUUCCCACCUGGAUCCUACAGAGUGAAGCAUUUCAGCAUCACUUUAAGGAAUAUGUGAAGGAGAGGAUCGGAAGCUGAGUUUUCAUUCUCUCAUGUAUAUAUUUGCAAGGCUUAAACAUACCUAAAUUUGUGUAUUAAUGAUCAUGUUGGUUUGCACUAAUUAUGACAGGGAGAGAAAGAAAAAAGAAGACAUACCUAUGUUUGUUCAUGGUCCUUCAAAAUACACAUUAUCAGAGUUGAUAAUGGAAUGUUAUUAUCAUUAAUAAGGUCGUCUCAUAAUCAUAAUCAUAAUCAUAUCAGUAGACAGGAGAGACACUGGGAGAGACCUUGAUAAAAUUAACAGACAGACUGUCUCCCAAAGGUCAAAUGACAGAGAUGUAGAAAGAGAAAUAUGUGACCUUGUAUUUCAAAUUUUUUUAUCAGAUUAGAACAUGUUUGGUCUUAUUUAAAAAAACAUUUUAAAAUCAUGUUUUCAUCAGCAACCGAUCUACAAAAUAUUUCAACAAAUAUUUAGCGCCACACAGUGGUUAAAUGUAACUUCCACAUGAGGCAAUUUUCCAAGUUGGAAUUGUUUUUGCACAAUUUCCCUUUUUAUAAUUUAAAAGGUUAAGUUUUUGCAUUGUUUUUUGUGUUUCCUUCAAACUAUGAACAUGUUUAAAUGUUUGUGUAAAGUCCCUCUACCAAAGUAAUUGCACUAAUUACAUUUAAUCUCAUUUACCUAAAAAGGUCUGUUGUACAAAGUGCAGAAUUUCUUAAUCUUGACUUCUGCUAGUUUUGUUCCUGAUUAUGACAUUCUGCCACCAGAGGGCAGAAUUUUUAAACUGUAACAUUAAAGAACCAGAACUCUAAAGACAGUUCUCCUGUAAUGAAUCUCUGCGUAGAGUUUGAUUUCAAAGAUCUCUGAAAGAUUCUGAACUGGUAUAGAUCACAAACAAGUGUACUAUGAUAGGGGAUUUCCACUGAAGAUGAAGUUUUUAAUGAAGCAGUUCACCCUUGAGCGAGAUUGCUUGAUUGAAAUGCAGUUGACGAUAACUAUCAGUUUUCAAAUCAUAUUCAAAGAGGUUUGUGUUUUAACUACAGGGAAUUCCCACUGUUAUUUUAUAAUACUACUGCUUGUAACUUUACAGAAAAGAGAAUUAUGUGGUAUAAGACUAAGGCAGUGAUUAAAAUGUAACAGGGAAAUGUAAAAUUUUUAUGUUUUAUAAUCUCACUGUCCAGCUAGGUAAGCUACGCUUGCUUUCAAUAAAAGAAUGUUUAUAUCAGUGAUUUCUAAAAAUAAGUGUUUAAAGGAUAGUUCACCUAAAAAUCAUUAUUCACUCACCCUCGUGUUGUUCCAAAUCCAUAUGACUUUCUUUGAUCCAUGGAAUAUGGUAGACAGAAUUACAGCCUCAGUCACUAUUCACUUAAAAAAAACCAGCUGCAACAUUCUUCAAAAUUUCUCCAUUUUGUUGUCAAGGGAAGAAAAAAGUGACAUGAGUUUGGUCAUAUGACAUAAGGGUGAGUAAAUGAUAAUUUUUUUUGGCUGAACUAAGCCUUUAAUGUUUAUUUCAAAACAAGACAUUCUUUAAAGGAAUAUACCGUUUUAUAUAUACAUAUAAUCUUGUUUUAAGGAUUUUUAGAUAUUUUUACCUGAAAACAAUACAAAAAUUAUUAUCAAGAAUACAAUUUUUGCCCUAAUAUCAAAGGUCUUACUAGAAAAAUAAAUUAUGAUCCAACGUGAAUUUUCUUGAUAAAAAAAUAUGAUCGUGCCUGGUAACAUGUGCAUGUAAAAUGGCUUGAAAUAACAUUUUAGCUUAGCGUAAAGCUGACAAUUUACACAAGGUUUAUUUCUAUUUCUUCUGCUCCAAACUUACUUCAAACUUACUUCUCUGUCUGCUCGUAUGAAUGUAACACAUCAUAAGAAAGUGUUUCACUGCUGUUCAAAUGUACUUUGGAUCGCAUCAUUUAUAUGUAUACAUUUUUUCCAUCUGAAAGGACUAAAUAUUAAAUGAAACAAAUGACAAUAAAAUGCAAAGUAAUCUCUUCAGUAAUCAAAAUACUUUUUGAAUGUAACUGUAUUCUAAAUACCAAUUAUUUAAAUUGUAACUGUAGUGGAAUACAGUUACUUAU